AUGUCAAGGAACUCUCGAUCACAUCGACAUCAUACACGAGAUAGAGAAGACAGGUUCAAGAAAGAUGUCGAAGAGGAGGUAGCCGGAUUAGGGAAGCGCGUUUACAAGACAGUUGAGAAACUCGAGAAUCCAGUGAAGAAGCUCGGAAAGCUUGUUCUCUGGAGUGCUCCGUUGAUUCUUGCGGGGUUAGAAGUACGACAUGAAUGGCAUCAUCACAUACAUAAGAGAAGAAUGAUGGAGAAGGAGUACGAGAAGGCACACUUGGAAAUACAAUUACAAAUGGAGAGGGAUGGGAAGAAAGAGGGUAUUACGGUUGGGGGGACGAAGAGCCAUGAACCGACACAAGAAAAAGAAAAGGCUUCAGCACCUGCACCUGCACCUACUUCUGAAGAAGUACAUAUCCUGCCUUUUCCUGUACAUGUCGACCGUCGGGACGAAUAUCCAAGACGACAUCCUUCGCGACGAGAGCUAGAGGAGAAGGAGCCAUACUUGUUAUCUCCUUUAGCUCCCGAUGCACCAUGUCAAGAUGUGUGGGAGAUUAGACAACCAAGGAUUCGAGUGAAACAGCCAGGCUCUAGAGAAGUCCGCUUUCCUCAAGUUCGUUCGCGUUCUGAGUCUGUUUAUGAAUAUAGGCGGUGGUAG